CCGCGGCGCCAAUCCGAAUGAAAAGGGCACAAAACAGCCAAGCAGCGACUUACAUACGCCCUUUGACGUUAGAAAUCGCAAGUCCUUUCUGGGCAGCGCGAGUCAUUUUGACAUCAUUGCUCUUCUUUGUCAAAUCUUUCAACACUUCUUCUCUCAAACUCCGCCGUUCCUCAGACGUCCACACAGGGGCAACAGACACAAGGCAACGCGAUCAAAAUGUCCACGACAACACAGACCCAACUCCGGACAUCCCUGCACUCAAACGAUUAUGAUUUACAGCCCAUCCCGACCGAGGGACUCUCAUCAAUCAAUCCAACCCCCCAGGAAGCAUCUUUUGCACUAUCAACUGCAGAUGCAGACACAGAAGCCGACCCCGAACCGACCAACGUCGCCAAUGUCGCCCCAGACGGCGGCUAUGGCUGGGUCGUUGUCGCCUCCUCUGCCCUCUUAACAUUCUGGUUCAACGGCAUAAUGGCAUCCUGGGGCGUGAUUCAAGCGGCCUUGCUCCGCUCCAACCUCCGCACAACCUCAACAUCGACAAUCUCCUUUGUCGGCACACUCGGCCUCGCCGCAACAGUAGCCUUUGGGUUGUUCGGCGUGCGCGUAAUGCGCCUAUUGGGCGGCAGAACAACCGGGCUCGUCGGCGUCGCGUUCCUCUCAAUGUCGCAGAUCCUCUCAAGUUUCACCGUCGGCAACAUCGGCGGGUUAUUCGGCACGGCAGGCGUGCUCAUGGGCCUGGGCUCAUGUCUCUGCUAUUCCCUAUCCAACACGAUCCCAACACAAUACUUCACGAGUAAACUCGGUCUUGCCUCUGGACUAGUCAAAUUUGGAGGAGGCGUCGGUGCCGCGGUUCUGAGUGUCGCGCUGAACGCCAUGAUCGACCGCGUCGGCGUUGCCUGGACGUUCCGUAUCCUGGGCUUCAUGAUUCUGGCGACAGGUGGGCCAGCGGCCUGGUUCAUACGAGAGCGUGUACCGAUCGGGACUGCCGCCUUUCUGGAUCUGUCUAUGUUCAAGAACCUACCGUUCACGGCGGUGUUUUGCGCCGGCGCAAUCGGCACGUUCGCACUGUUCGUUCCACCUUAUUUCCUGCCUCUGGUCGCGCAGACUAUUGGCCUGAGUUCUACGACCGGCGCAUCGCUUGUCGCCGGGUUCAACGGGUGCACUGCCAUCGGACGGCUAUUGUCGGGAUGGGGCUCAGAUUCCGUGGGACCAGUCAAUAUGUUUCUUUGCACUUUGGUGCUCAAUGCCGUGAGUAUGCUUGCUAUUUGGCCUUUUUCGGAUAGCUUGGCACCGCUGAUCGCUUUCGCCAUGCUGAAUGGACUGGCGAAUGGGGCGUUCUUCACGCUGUAUCCUGUUGUCGUGACGAGCACGGCGAGCAGGAUUGAUAGCAGGACUAAUAGUCCGGCUGUGGCUAUGGGCAUGGCUAUCACGGGCUGGACGGGUGGGUAUUUGCUGGGUGCGCCGAUAGCAGGAUAUCUUCUGCAAGCGGAGGGCGUGGGCAUUGGAGCAUUUUCUGCGAGUGAUGCUACAGCUGGGAAGGACAUACCGACGUCCAUGGACCCGUUCCGCCCGGCCAUCUUUUACGCGGGCGGUGUUAUGCUCGCGGCUGCAGGCUUUGUUCUGGUUGCUAGGAUGAAGUUGGGCCAGGGGUUGAAGCAGAAGGUCUAAAGCCCAGGGUCAAUGAACGAUAUCUUCUGGUAUAAGGCUACAAAUCAAGGCCGUAGUGAAUAUAAAAUGAGACCAACGACCGAUACAUAUCGUCUUGUUGUCGGUACCAAUCCCGCAUACAUGGCGCAUGUCGUUGUCUUGCGGCCUUUGGUAAUUCCUGUCAC